AUGAGCCUCUUGAGUUGGCCCUUGUGAUGAAGCAGCCUCUGGGGGUGGCGAUGCAACCAGAAGGCACUUUGCUACAAAGCACCGCCCCCAAGUUGCCUUGGCCCGGACACACGGGCGAGUGCAGCCAGCCAGCCAGCCAGCAGCAGGGCAGCAGUGGCAGUGUGAAGCAAGCCGGGCUGCUUUCAUUCACCAUGAGUGCACGCUUUGAGCCGGGGGACGACCUCCUCGCCUUGACUGUGGAGACUGAGCGUGAUCGUGAGCCGCGAGUGGACCAGGCUGAGGUGGGACAGCAGGGCAGCGGGGAGUCGCCAGCGAGUCGCGGCUACACUGGGAUGCAGCGAGCAGCCAACACACGCUUCAACCUCGCGUCCUGCUGCCGCUCUGACAAAGUGGCAAACGACCCAAGUGACCCGCUGCCAGUGGCAGAGAAGAAGCCUAAAUGGGUAGGCCUUGGAUUAUGUUACGCCUUGUUCUCCUGUUUAUUCUUUUCCUCCGUUUCCCUUUUGGUGAAGAAAAUUGAAGGAAUCCAUUCCCUGGAAAUCAGUGGGAUUCGAUGUUUAUUUCAGUGGUUGUUUACAUUCCCGAUUAUUAUCUACAAAGAAGUGGACAUUCGCGGACCCAAGGGCCUCAGAGUGUUGCUUUUCUUGCGGGGUUUCCUUGGUGCCACGGCCAUGAUGUUGCUCUUCUACGCCAUUCAGCAGAUGCCUUUGGCCGACGCCACGGUCAUCAUGUUCAGUAACACAGUCUUUGUCUCUAUCUUUGCGUGGAUUUUUCUGAAGGAAAAGUGCACCCCGCUGGAUCCCAUCUUCAUCAUUUUGACGUUGGUCGGGGUGGUUCUCAUCGCGAGGCCACGCUUUCUGUUUGGCGCUCACGUCGCCGGGCUUGGACGCGACUACUACAGCCACAUCAAGGGGACGGCCGCUGCUUUUGGAAGUGCGAUCUGUGCAGCAAUCACCCUGAUAGUGAUCCGGAAAAUGGGGAAGUCCGUCCACUAUUUCCUCUCCAUUUGGUACUACUCCUCGGUGGGCACCAUCCUCAGCGUGUGCGCGGUGUCGGUAAUCCAGGAAUGGAACUUGCCCUUCUGCGGGAAGGACCGAGCGUUUUUGAUCCUGAUCGGCCUACUGGGGGUAGGAGGGCAGGCCUUCCUCACCAAAGCCUUGCAGAUAGAGAAGGCUGCGCCCGUGGCACUUAUGAAGACCAUGGAAGUGGUCCUCGCCUUUGUAUUUCAAUAUUUCUUCCUAAAUCGCUCUCCUACCUGGUGGAGCUUCGGAGGGGCUCUCUGUGUGACAUGUGGCACCAGUGGGGUUGCUAUUCAGAAGUGGUACGUCAACACCAGAAAAGCAAAGACAAACCAAAAUUAACCAAUGCCCUUUAUAUUUGGAAGUGAGAGACAUCUUCUCAGGAACGCGGCUAAAAUUUGAAACUAGUUAUUAUUCAAUUGCCAUUUUUCUGAACACUGACUAAAUACUCAAAAUGAUAAACCAAGAUUUUCUCAGGAUAAUGCACCUAUUAAAAGAAUUGUUUAAAUGGUGCAUAUUUGAAGUUUUUUGAAUGAUUUGGACUUCUUGCAUUUGAAAUCCAGUUGCAAUAAAGUUGUGUAAUUGUGUGUG